AUGGCCUCGGGAACUGCCUCUGCUUCAAUUGGAGAGACUCAGUGGAACAAGUAAAUUAUUUUAUAGAUUUAGAUUAUUGUUACAAUUGAGAACAUUGAAAAAAUCUAUGAGUUUAUUGAAGCAGCCAUUAAUAAUGGGGAAGGUGUUUUAUUUUUCUCGCUUAGAGGAUAGAGCAGAGCUCUAACAGCCUUGACAGCUUAUUUAAUGUACAAAUAUAGUUGGAAUUUGAAUAAAACAGUCCAAUUCUUGAGUACAAGAAAGAAAGACUUUGAAAUCACACAAGCGUUUCUAAAUUAAUUAAAGAGUUUCGAGAAAGACUAUUUAAAAGGUAGAAAAUUAAGUUCCGAAUGGGAUAAUAAUGCAGAAAAUUAAGAAAUUUAGAUUAUAUAAAAUACUUAUCUGAAUUCGUUACGGCAACCUCCAAUGAUUUAAAAAACAGUUGCAAGGUUUUCAAGUCCAAAUGAAACAAAGCAAAAUGUAACUUGGUCUAUUAACUUAAUAUAAUAAAUUUAAACAAUUGAACCAAAUGAAGAUAAAUAAACUCCAAAAGAGUUGAAAUCUAUUUUAAAAGGUUCUUCUAGACUUUUAAAAAAGGACAAAUAAUUAAGAUCCAUUUCAGUAAACGAUAAUUCAAAACCAAGUUUGGAGGAUUUUAUUUUACAAAAUAUGUUAAUCACUAAAAAGUUACAAACACCCAAGAUUAACAGUUUUAGUUUAGAGAAUAAGGGUAAAAAGAAGGACUUGACGGAAGGAAUAAUUUCAUAGCAUAGAGCCAGGCCAAAAAGGCCAUAGCAUUUUACUCCUGAAAGAUAAAGAAUUAUGUAGAAUACUAAAUAGAUUAUGGAUACAUAUCUAAAUUCGCAAAUUAAUAAUAUUUAAUUAAUGAGGGGCAGAUCCAUUUAUACUCCUUAAAAAGAAAGAAUAAGAGCAGUUUCCUAAUUUAGUUAAAGUCCAAACAAAACUCCUAGUCUAACGAAGUAAUAAUUUUUUAUUGAAAAUUAAAUUGGGAAUUUUAUGAAAUGGAGUUUAGCUAAAAAAUAGCCUUAAUUUAAAAUAAGAUGA